GAGCCGCCGUCACCAGACCGGCUUCACCCGCUGUUAAAGGAAGUACAGGUGGCGUUCUCCGCUCAGCCCUCUACAAUGUCACACUGUGCGGUUACGUUAGUGGUAGUGUUGGUCGUUCUAACGACGUUGUGUUCUGGGCGUUCACUUUCUUCCGGGGAGGUUCAAUGGCUUCUUCAGACGUCCCCCUACAAGAGCUUGCCUCAAGAGUACAAUGUACGAAGGAGAGAUUCAGGUCUUGAAUACCACAGUGUUACUAAGAGAGCAGUCUUCGACUCACAGUGCAAAGGUUUCUACGACCGGGGCGUGUGGGCCAGGUUGAACCGCGUCUGUGUCGACUGUCAGAAUCUCUACAGAUCACCUGAAAUAGAAAACGAGUGCAGAAUGGGCUGCUUCGCUACCAAAUACUUCACUUCAUGUGUGUCCAACCUCCUCCUGCCUGUGGAUGAGUAUCAAGACAUGGCUGCUUUAGUCCGUGGAUCAUAGGCAUACACUAAUAUAUAUAUCAAGUCAGCUUUAGGGGAACAAAUACUUCGGGAAAAUAUUGACUUUCCCCGCCAUCUUCCUCGAAUCUGUUGUCAUGACUUCACAGACCUUCGCACCUACAUGGUUCUUCAGAACAAUCUAGGAAAACUAAAUCUUGGAGAUCUCAGAAGACCUAUGACUGAAGGAUGGUCGAAGACCUAAAUAUCAGAGGUGUUUCAUGUGGUCUCCAUAAACGAGGAAAACAAACGAAGAAUUAUCCACUGACAUACAUUUACUAGAUAAAUGCUUGUAGCAGUGCUUAAAAUAUUUAGCCCGGAAAUACUUCAUUAUUACUGAAUAUAUCUAGUCAAUCCCAUGCAUUUAUAUUUCAAUUAUGUAUUUAUGGGGACCGUCCCUCAGAGUAAUAUAUUUUUUCAAAGCAAAAAAAUGUGUUCCUUAAUGUUUAGGAUUAUUUAGUAAUUAAUGUGUUGGAAAAAGUUUAAUUUAUAAAGUAGCAGCUAAUUUUUCACUACAAAUUUCAGUAUUGUAUUUUCCUGCGUGAUGGCUCAAGUAUGGUUAGGAGACACAAUAUGCUCAAGAAACUGCGAUUAAGACGACGUUUCUCUCAAGGAUGAGCUUUAUAAAGCUCAACCCUGAAAAAAAUGUGAUCUCAGUAAAGACUUUGUCUAUAUAUUGUGAUUUUAUAAUCAGUAAUGUACCAUUCUGAAUCUUUACACUUUAGUAAAUGUAUAACCAGCUGAAGUAUUGCCACAUAGCAUAAGCUUUAGGCAUUCCACAUUAUAACUACCCUCCAACUAUAUUUCAAUUACUUCUAGAUCUACUAAUUAAUCCACAGUAUCUGUAGGCCUAUGCAUGCCUGUGAUCUCCCUUGAUUAUUAGUCACUACACGGGUUUAGUUUUACAUUAUUAUUCAUUUAUAAACUACCAGUUUAUGGGCAUUCUUAAGCCACAGUGUUUUUUCCACUCGCGUCGUCAGCAGAGUUAAAUUCAAUGAGGUAUAGUUGUCAUCUUAAAAAAAAAAACUAUAGCUACUUUUGUGUUGCAUCUCUUGCCUCAAAGUUUCAUUCUAUUGUUCUCGAGGUGCUGACUGACUUUACGAGUUUAACAUCUUGUAAGUUGGAAUGAAAUUUCUGAUUAUGAGAGUCUAUGGCAGCUAAUUUUCCUAGUGCUACCAUGAGUUGUUUGUUCUUGGAUUGUGAGUAUUACCUGCUGGUCUCGGGUAAUAUCUGCACAUAUUAAUUAUUAUUACUGUAUUACAUUGUUUGAUCAUUUUUUACCCUCAUCCCCUUCAAUAAGCUGCUUGUUAUUAUUUAUUAUUAAUGUUAUAAAACUUAAU